AAAAUUAGAACACUUAUUGCCAUCUCGAUAGUAUAACGUCAUCUUUAUCACAUGAUAGGGUGUGUGCUAAAGCACAACGCUGAUUGGCUGUUGCUAUGACGUUACUUACGUCAAGAAUAAUCUGAUUGGUUCUUUCAGUAAGCAUAAUAGGGCAAGAGACUUUCCUUUGAUUCAUUUGAGUUGGGUGAAAUUGGCGUCUGUUCAUGGGGGACGAGUUGUGAAAGAAAACUGUGUCAUAAGCCUUCGCAUUCAAGGCUUUGAGGAGAUAAUAAGAGGUAUCUGAAGAGAAAUCUCUUACCUGGAUAGGAAGCUCAAAUUAUAUCAGAAUAAGAGAGGAAUAAACGACGAGUAAACGAUCUAAGAAUCAGCAAAUUUGUUAACGAUGACGUUCGGAGCUCAAGUGCCACCAAGCCAUCGAAUUUCGAAUAAAGACAGCUUUCAUCGCAAAAAUAAAGCCAAAAAGGCUCCAAGAUUUCGGAACGAUCGCUGUGUGAGAGCAAAACAAGUCCAUCAGGAUCCGACAUCGACUGCCUUCGAUGAGGAACUUUCCACCUCUGUUAGCAUUCCACGUCGACGCCGAAGCGAAAACAGAGUUGACUCGGCGGUAAAUAUUCCGUAUGCGGGAGCAAAAUUUAGCAGCCCACCACCUCCGAGCGAUCUGCCGAGACCACCAUCGCACUGGAUAAGUUCUCCUAUCCACAAAUUCGACAUGGACGUAGUAGCGAUGUCACAACAUCUUCGUAUGUUACUCGGAGUCGAGUCGUAACUACAAUAGCAAGACCUAUAAAAGCGAAAGUGAACGAGGAAAGGACGCGAUUUCUAGUGUAUAUAAAAAGACAUUUAGGACAAAUUUGUAGAUUUUGUACAAAUUUGUAUAUUUGUAAAUAAGUAAGAAAAGAAUUCGUAUGCUACUAUUUUCAAAUUGUAAUUAUAUCAAACGUAAAAAGCUUUAUACGCCUAGGCGAUAGUGAACGUGUUUACUUAGGAAUUCUUUUCGCUUUUUUUAUUUCAUCGUAGGUUGUUUGUACAUGUUGACUUAGCUUGAUUCGUUUUUGAACAAAAGGUAUACAACCAGAAAUCUCGUUAGGUCUAGCAAGAUGUUAGUGUAAAACAAAUGUGUAGUGUUUGAAUUUUUUGUUUAAGAUAGAAACUAGAAUUAGAAAAUUAUGGACAGUGACGAUAUUGCUUAACAUCACAGAACUAAGAAUAGGACAUAGAAUACUGAAAACACAGACCGUUGAAGUUGACGAAGAAAUUGUGCGAAGAUAGUACAGCAACCAUCAUCAUCAUAUCAUCAUCAUCCAGUGACAAAAACCGCAUUUGAGGAAGUUUGGAGGUGCCAGCAAAUGGAAGUAUCUCCUUCCCAAAAGCACACGGUGGACAAAAAGACAAGAUCAAGACAUGAAGUAAUGUAGAGAACACAGCUAAUUAGAAGACCUAACAGACAAGUAGCAAGACAAAGAAGACACAAGACAGAUCGACCACAACACACCGGCCCUCUUCAGGGCCACCCAAAUCUUCAAAAGUCUAUAACCAACAUCAGAUAAAAUUGACUGUGUGAAGACAACUUGUCAAAGCACAGUAUUUCUAUUCUCUCUCUCUCUAAACCCUUUCCUUUCCCCCUAAGUUCCAUUAAUUUUAUAGUUCGCCCUGAUGAUUUUCCAAGAGAUCUGAUCUUAACUCCCCCCGCCACAUCCAGCUUGGAAAAAUGAGUUCAAAUGCAAAGAGGAUUUUUUUAAAAAAAGAAAAUAAAGAAAACAUGCAUUGUAGUUGCACGGGGGGAGAGAGUUUAUCAUUUUUUCUUACCUGUCUCUCUCUAAACCCAUUCCUUUCCCCCUAAGUUCCAGUAAUUUUAUUGUUUGCCCUGAUGAUUUUCUAAGAGAUCUGGCCUUAACUCACCCCAACCCAUCCAGCAUGGGAAAAUGAGUUCAAAUGCGAAGAGGAUUUUUUAAAAAAAGUAAAUAAAGAAAACAUGCAUUGCAGUUGCACGCGGGGUAGAGGGCAGGGUGAGUUUAUCAUUUUUCUGGGAAAUUUAUUAUUAUCACAAUGUGGUGAAGGGGAAAAACCCUAACCGGAUGUUGAAUGAAUCUAGAAAUGUGAUUGGCUCCUCAAAACUCGUGAUAUAAACCACUUCAGGAAAUGUUUACCACUGAAAUAUCAAAUAUCCUUAUAUGGAAAUGUCGUUUCCUGUUGAUAUUUCUUAGACUGGAGUUUGGAUUGGAGUUUUGAGAACUCUGCUUUGGAAAUGUUCGCAAAUAAAAACAGGGACUUAGCAGACAGAAGUAUUCUUGCAUCUUGUGAUAUGCAAUUUAAUUGCAGAAAGGACAAAACAAAUUCCUAAAAAAUAAGUCUUAUGAAACCCAGUGAGUGGGUCUAUCUAGCCAUCAACAGUGAAGAGAAUUGGGUCUUGCACGAAGGUGAAAAGUUGGUCCAAGUGUCCUUGAAAGCUGUGAAGCACAUAACCUUUGUGGGAAUAAAGCUAAAAGAAGAGCAACUGGUACAGUUAUUAAACAGAGUUUUCUCUUUUAAAACUGUUUGUUAUAAAAAUAAACGCCACGUUUGCAAGACUAAGGGUCACAUCAGUGAACUUUACCAUUUUGGAUCAAUUUCUAACAUGUUCAGCAAUUGU